CUCUCCUCCUCUCCCCCCUCCUCUUCCUCACCACCACCACCCAUCCCCCCUCUACUUCACUGAAUAAGUAAACACCGACCGAAAAUGUUGGAACUUUUGCAUCUUCGUUGAAGGGCCAUACAUGAGACUUUCCACCUGAAGUUAAACAAUCGCUUUACAGGAAAAUGAAGAUUAAUGAUAAAAAUUUAUCAGCCUUUGCAUCAUCAGCUACUCCCGUUGACAAGGAAGGAUGGAUGGUGAAACGGGGAGAGGUUAAUAAAGCUUACCAGCGUCGAUGGUUUGUUUUAAAAGGGAAUUUGUUGUUUUACUUUGAAAAGAAAGGAGAGAAGGAACCUGUUGGCUUAGUUGUUCUUGAAGGCUGCACCAUUGAACUUGCCGAAGAUGAAGAACUGUAUGGUUUUAAGAUUGUAUUUCAUGGUCAAGGAAAUCGAUCUUACUCACUAGCUGCCGACUCCCAAGAAUCAAUGGAACAAUGGAUGAAAGCGUUGGCCUGUGCUCCGUAUGAUUAUAUGAAAUUAAUGGUUGCUGAGUUACAAAGGCAACUGGAUCAAAUGGAUGACUGCAGUCCAGUUCUCCCUACUACAGAUGUGGUUGAGAUGAGAAGGGGGGAAGCUAGCGACUCACCACAACCACCACCUAGGCAACGUCACAAUCCCUUUAAUCGCACAAACUCUGAAGGAAUGAGGUCACACUCUGUGCGAUCAGCACCUGGUAGAACAGAUGCUGCUUCCCGUGCAUCUUGCCGGUCCUCUGUAGAUAUUAAUGUGCGCCGAUUGACUUUCCGAGAACUCCACACGCUAUAUGGAAGACGAGUUCUUAGCGAUAGAAAUGAGUGGCGACACAGUCGAAGACAAGAUUCUCUUAUUUAGUGGCUCAUUAUAGUGAAAGGAAAGUGUUAACAAUUUGCUUGAUAUCAGUUUGGGUUAUGUUAUUCAGAAGACAUUCAUUUAAAGAGAAUUUUAACCUUGCAUUCAGGAAGUUAUAUUCUUGUAGUUGUGAGUAGUUUCUACUCACCUUGCAGUUUUGGCAAAACUCUUCAGAAGCUGCUGAUUCCAUUUUGGCUGUGUAUGGACUUAGAGUAGUUGGUUGACACACUAAUAUCAUUGAAGGGAGAAAAUAGACUUUAACAAGGGACUUAAUGAACUAUUAUUUUAGUCGUAUGUAAUUAGAAGAGCUGAUUUCCGAGAGCAAAACACUAGGGCUCAAAGCAAAGUCGAAAGCAAAAAUCAGGUGGUUCUUGGCGCGCCUACAGCAUUAUCAUUAUCUGCUAAAUAUUAUUAUUUUCUUUAUUGUCAGUGAAAUUAAACAUUAUUGCAGCUGUGUUAAGGUCUUAAAUAAUCGCUUUCGACUACACUCUCGGGAAUCAGCGCUUCUAAUGAUAUACAACUUCUAUCCAGUGCUACAAUAUGUGUUGUGCUAGCCAAAGGGUCAUGUAACUGUAAUUUUUGAUGUUUAUUCUGUACAUUCAUCUUUGUAGAGUGUACAUAGGUCUUACUUGCUAUCCAUAAAAGGAUGUCUGUGUUUUAGAUACGUAGUUAUACAUUUAUCAAAAUUUAAUGUAAUGUAAAUUAAUGGGUUAUCUUCAAUUUACUACACCAGUUUGUGUUGAAAUGAAUUUCCAGUUACAGUCUUUGAGAGAGAAAUUUGUACCACCCGUCUUUCUAUGAGAUGGAACGGAAGCCGUCUUUACUGUGCAUAAAUGAGGUACUAGAUUGGGAUGUGGUAGAAAAUUUGAAGAAGUAUUAAAAUUGUGUAACACUUUCCAUACAUCUCUUUUUCUGCUGGCAGAUUGAAGAGAAAACAUGGAAGUUGCAGAUUAAAAUUACUCUUACAUUUAUGUACUUUCUUUAUUUGCACACUCUUCUGAACUGAAAUUCGACCCUGCCUUGUACUACAUAUUUGUCUAUCAAAAUGUUAUCACCUUAAUUCCGUAAUUUUUCUUCUUUUGCAAAUAUAAUUUAUGCAGGCUGAUCAAAAACUGUGUCUCCCUGUAGAUGUGAUCACUAAUAUUUUAAUUGUUAAAUUUUAUGAAUUUUAUCAAAGGCAUUUGUAUUAGGGUAGGUCCUGGAGGGGUGGAGGGUCCCCCCUAACUAGUUUACUAUUUUUUACAAUUUUUAUUGAAAAAUGGCUUUGAACAUUUAAAGAUUAAUAAAUAUUGUUCAAAAUUAA